AUGAAUACCUCCCAAGCUACUCGUGCGGCUCUGUUUCUCAACGGCUCCAAUAGACAAGCGACGCUUUUGCAGAGAAGCUCAACAAGUCAAUUGUGGGGCUCCCUUAGAUUCCGAACCACCUCGCAGCAGCGUCUGUCACUGAAUCGAUCGAAAGCUGUUAGCUUGAGAUGCUCUGCUCAAUCUAACAAGCCAGCUGUUUCCGUCGUAGAGCAGCCGAGCUUGGUUGAGAAACCAGCUGCAGAGGUUAUCCAUUUCUUCCGCGUGCCGUUGAUUCAAGAAAGCGCAAACGCCGAGCUUCUCAAGUCCGUUCAAACCAAAAUCAGCAACCAGAUCGUCAGUUUGACAACAGAGCAGUGUUUCAACAUCGGCCUUGAAUCGGAGUUAGGAAGCGAGAAGCUCUCUGUUCUCAAGUGGGUUCUUCAAGAAACAUUCGAGCCAGAGAAUUUAGGCAAUGAUAGUUUUCUUGAGAGGAAGAAGCAAGAAGGACUCCAUGCUACAAUCGUUGAAGUUGGUCCAAGACUGUCUUUCACAACCGCAUGGUCCACAAACGCAGUUUCAAUCUGUAGAGCGUGUGGCUUAAACGAAGUGACACGCUUGGAAAGGUCCAGGAGGUACCUCUUGUUCAGCGAGGAGCCGCUCUCGGAGGCUCAAGUCAAAGACUUUGCUGCAAUGGUUCACGAUCGGAUGACUGAAUGUGUGUACUCUCAGAGGCUGGUUUCGUUUGAGACGAAUGUGGUUCCUGAGGAAGUCAAGUAUGUGGAUGUGAUGGAGAAAGGUAGGAAGGCGCUUGAAGAGAUCAACCAGGAGAUGGGAUUAGCGUUUGAUGAGCAGGAUUUGGAGUAUUAUCUUAGACUUUUCAAAGAGGACAUUAAGCGUAAUCCUACGAAUGUGGAGCUGUUUGAUAUCGCUCAGUCUAAUAGUGAGCAUAGUCGUCAUUGGUUCUUUGCUGGGAACAUUGUUAUUGAUGGGAAGCCAAUGGAUAAGUCUCUUAUGCAGAUUGUGAAGAGCACUUGGGAGGCAAAUCGGAAUAACUCUGUGAUUGGGUUUAAGGAUAACUCCAGUGCUAUCAGAGGGUUUAUGGUGAACCAGCUACGUCCUCUGCUUCCUGGCUCUACUUGCUUGCUUGAUUUGUGUGCUCGUGAUCUAGACAUCUUGUUCACUGCCGAGACGCAUAACUUCCCUUGUGCGGUGGCUCCUUAUCCUGGUGCUGAGACUGGAGCUGGAGGUAGGAUUAGAGACACACAUGCAACAGGAAGAGGCUCUUUUGUGGUUGCAUCAACCUCUGGUUACUGUGUUGGGAACCUCAACAUGGAAGGAUCUUAUGCUCCAUGGGAAGACUCAUCAUUUCAGUAUCCAUCGAACUUAGCUUCACCUUUACAGAUUCUCAUUGAUGCUAGCAACGGUGCUUCAGACUAUGGGAACAAAUUCGGAGAGCCUAUGAUUCAAGGAUACACAAGGACUUUUGGAAUGAGGCUGCCGAGUGGUGAUAGAAGAGAAUGGUUGAAGCCGAUUAUGUUCAGUGCAGGUAUUGGACAGAUUGAUCAUACUCAUAUAACUAAAGGUGAGGCAGAAGUUGGGAUGCUUGUUGUCAAGAUUGGUGGACCUGCUUACCGUAUUGGUAUGGGAGGAGGUGCAGCUUCAAGUAUGGUUAGUGGCCAGAACGAUGCAGAGCUUGAUUUCAACGCUGUGCAGCGUGGAGACGCUGAGAUGGCGCAGAAGCUGUACCGUGUUGUCCGUGCAUGCAUUGAGAUGGGGGAGAAGAAUCCAAUCAUCAGCAUUCAUGAUCAAGGCGCUGGUGGGAACUGUAAUGUAGUGAAAGAGAUUAUUUAUCCGGAAGGUGCAGAGAUUGACAUUAGAGCUGUUGUUGUUGGUGAUCAUACUAUGUCAGUGUUGGAGAUAUGGGGAGCUGAGUAUCAAGAGCAGGAUGCUAUUCUGGUGAAAGCUGAGAGCAGAGAGGUUUUGCAGGGGAUAUGUAAGAGAGAAAGGCUUUCAAUGGCUGUGAUUGGAACGGUUAAUGGAGGAGGUCGUUGUACUUUGAUUGACAGCACAGCUGCAGCGAAGUGCAGUAAAGAAGGUCUGCCUCCACCUCCUCCUGCUGUUGAUCUUGAACUCGAGAAGGUUCUUGGCGACAUGCCUAAGAAGACGUUUGAGUUUAACCGUGUAGCUUAUCUACGUGAGCCACUUGAUAUUGCUCCUGGGCUUACAUUGAUGGACUCUUUGAAAAGGGUUUUGAGAUUGCCUUCGGUUUCUUCUAAGAGGUUCUUGACAACGAAAGUGGAUAGAUGUGUGACAGGUCUUGUUGCUCAGCAGCAGACAGUUGGACCGUUGCAGAUCACUCUUGCUGAUGUUGCGGUUAUAGCACAGACGUUCACUGAUUUAACCGGUGGUGCGUGUGCUAUUGGUGAGCAACCGAUUAAAGGUCUGCUUGAUCCAAAAGCCAUGGCGAGACUAGCUGUUGGUGAGGCUUUAACAAAUCUUGUUUGGGCAAAGGUCACUGCGCUAUCUGAUGUUAAAGCUAGUGGUAACUGGAUGUAUGCUGCUAAGCUUGAAGGAGAAGGAUCAGCUAUGUAUGAUGCUGCAAUUGCUUUGUCUGAAGCCAUGAUCGAACUUGGCAUUGCGAUUGAUGGUGGGAAAGAUAGUCUUUCAAUGGCAGCUCAUGCUGAUGGUGAGAUUGUUAAAGCUCCAGGAAAUCUUGUGAUCAGUGCUUAUGUCACAUGUCCUGACAUAACAAAGACAGUGACUCCAGAUCUCAAGCUAGGAGACGGUGAUGGUGUGCUCUUGCAUGUUGAUUUGGCAAAGGGAAAGAGGAGAUUAGGUGGAUCUGCAUUGGCUCAGGUCUUUGGUCAGAUUGGAAACGACUGUCCUGAUCUUGACGAUGUUCCAUACCUGAAGAACGUCUUCGACGGCGUUCAAGCUCUCAUUUCAGAGGACUUGGUAUCUGCUGGACACGACAUUAGCGAUGGAGGACUAGUUGUGACAGCUUUGGAGAUGGCUUUUGCUGGAAACAAAGGUAUAAACCUCGACUUGGCUUCAAACGGGAUAAGCCUCUUUGAGACUUUGUUUGCUGAAGAACUCGGACUUGUCAUGGAGAUUAGCAGCAAGAACUUAGACGCUGUGAUGGAGAAGCUCCGUGGUUUCAAUGUUGAUGCUGAGAUCAUUGGGAAAGUCACUGACUCUCCUUUGAUAGAGGUGAAAGUUGAUGGAAUCACUCAGCUGAGUGAGAAAACUUCAUUCCUCAGAGACAUGUGGGAAGACACCAGUUUCCAGCUGGAAAAGCUUCAGCGAUUGGCGUCUUGUGUUGAGAUGGAGAAAGAAGGUUUGAAAUUGAGGCAUGAGCCUAACUGGAAGCUCUCAUUCACUCCUUCAUGGACCAACGAUAGUUAUAUGUCUAAAGAUGUUAAACCGAAAGUAGCUGUGAUCCGAGAAGAAGGCAGUAAUGGAGACAGGGAAAUGUCAGCUGCUUUUUUCGCUGCUGGUUUCGAACCAUGGGACGUGACAGUGUCUGAUCUUCUAGCUGGAGCAAUCACUCUUGACUUGUUCAAUGGGAUUGUGUUCGUGGGAGGUUUUAGCUACGCUGAUGUUCUUGACUCAGCCAAAGGAUGGGCGGCUUCAAUAAGGUUCAACGAGCCACUCCUCACUCAGUUCCAAGACUUCUACAAGAGACCAGACACGUUCAGCCUCGGAAUCUGCAACGGUUGUCAACUUAUGGCCUUGUUAGGAUGGGUGCCAGGUCCACAAGUUGGUGGCUCGCUCGACACUUCGCAGCCGAGGUUUGUUCACAACGAGUCAGGAAGGUUUGAGUGCAGGUUCACUAGCGUGACCAUCAAGGACUCGCCGUCUAUAAUGCUGAAAGGCAUGGAAGGAAGCACUUUGGGAGUUUGGGCUGCUCAUGGAGAAGGAAGGGCUUAUUUCCCUGACGAAGGAGUGUUGGACCAUAUGCUUCACUCGGAUUUGGCUCCGUUGAGAUACUGUGAUGAUGAUGGGAGUGUGACUGAAGCUUAUCCGUUUAACCUCAAUGGUUCACCGUUGGGGAUAGCUGCUAUUUGUUCGCCGGACGGGAGGCAUUUGGCGAUGAUGCCUCACCCUGAACGUUGCUUCUUGAUGUGGCAGUUCCCGUGGUACCCGACUAGCUGGGAGGUUGAGAAAGCUGGGCCGAGUCCGUGGUUGAAGAUGUUCCAGAAUGCUAGAGAUUGGUGCUCUCAGCUUUAG